UACCAUUUUGUUCCCAUGGAUACAAGUUUAUGUAUCAAUAGUGGUAUUAACUCAAAAAAGAAAAAAGACCUCCCCGUCAUCUCCCCCUCCGACUUCGGCAUGGACAGCACCGCCCCGAACUUUUCUUCCGCCGCCGCCGUCGCCGCCGCCGCCGCGGCCGCUUCCGGCAACGGCCUACAAGGGGGAGCGGGAGGGGACCGUCCCGAGGACCCGUCGAAGCAGAACCUGGCGCAGGUCACGGGCUCGAUCCAGAAGACCCUGGGUCUGCUCCACCAGCUCAACCUCAACGUCUCCUCCUUCAGCUCCGCGUCCCAGCUCCCCCUCCUCCAGCGCCUGAACGCGCUCGUGGCGGAGCUCGACACGAUGCAGAAGCUCGCCGACGGGUGCAACAUCCAGGUGCCCAUGGAGGUCGUCAAUUUGAUUGAUGACGGGAAGAACCCCGAUGAGUUCACCAGGGACGUGCUCAACAGCUGCAUCGCCAAGAACCAGAUCACGAAGGGCAAGACGGAUGCUUUCAAGAGCCUGAGGAAGCAUCUUCUUGAGGAGCUGGAAGAAGCUUUUCCAGAUGACGUUGAAGCGUACAGACAGAUACGUGCUACCUCUGCUGCUGAGUCAAAGAGGUUGGCUCAGUCCCAAAGUGCUUUGCCUAAUGGAGAUGCCAAAGUGAAACCUGAGCAUUGAGAGAAUAACCCAAGUGCAAAGAGCAAGAUCUUGCUUUAUAUUUCCUAUAGUUUUUCUUAGGAAGGCUUUGUGAACCAACAACUGAUAUAACCUUGUAUGUGCUGCUCCCUCAUAUGAGUGAUCAAUAUUUAUGUAUAUUAUGUCAUAAUAUUAUGUGUUCAGCUUACCCAUUUAUUGAAGUGAAUUAUCCCA